AUGUAUUUUGAUUUAACUUUACAAGAAGCUGUAACUGCUGCAACUAAUGAAAUAUUUCUUACAGAACUUGAAUACAAAAAUUAUUUAGAAUCAAGACCUAUUUUGGUAGGCAAAAAAUCAAACAUAAAAUUUCCUUCUUUUGAGAAAUUUAAAAGUGUUAAAGAAAAAAUGGAAGGCAAGGCUAACGAUGAAUUGAAGAAAAUUGCAUUGGAAUUACUAUGUUCAAACAGUGAUGAUGUUCACGAAUUUCAUUGUAUACUUAUAUCUUUCCCAUUAAAUAUAAUCACGAAAGCUUUUAGUGAGUUAUGUGCUAGUGCUAGUAAAGAUAAUGUUAUUGAAUUAGAAAAAAGUUUUAAUGAUCUUGGUAUUAUGGUUAGGAAUAAAAAUAACAAUAGAAAUGCAAUUAUUAUUAAAGCGUAA